GCUGCAGGCGCCGAGGUGUUUAAGUUCAGCGCGAACGGGGACACGGCCAAAAUGCGGCCGGUCUUUGACAAGGGCAGAAAUUCCCGCGCUGUUGGCUCUUCGUCCACAGCCUGGACGCUACCCCCUUGUCAGGUGACUGUACGCCCGAAAGACCGUGGGUGCUUUUGGGAAGAAGUAAAGGCUAAGGAUGAAGGACUAAAUGGAGAUGCUGAUGCUGGUGCUGGACCUGCCGUGUCUGAUGUUCAGCUAGUUCCCAGCUGAGUGCCUGCCUCUGACCCUGUGGGGUCCACAGGGCAGGAUAAGGCAGGUGCUGCUGCUUCAUCCGAGGGUCUUCAGGCCUUCCCUGUCCUUCAGGGUGCUACUCAUAACACCUAUCAACCCUUGGCUUGGCAGGCCUUGUCAGAACUGCGUGAUGCAGUCAGGAAAUAUGGUUUGGGCUCAGCCGAGGUGAUGCAGGUUCUUCGUUAUUUUAAUGCCAGUCUUUUGAUGCCCUUUGACAUUCGGAGCUUGGCUCGGGCCCUUUUCCCACCGGUUGAAUAUGACUUCUUUGAGAAUAAAUGGACUCAUUUGGCAGUCAGAGCGGUGGAACGAAACAGGACACUGGGUCAGGGUGAUCCUAGGUGUAUGGUUAAUAUUGAUAUGCUAAUGGGAACUGGCAAUUAUACCAGGGCCGAAGGGCAGGCUGGUUAUGAGCCCUUGGUCCAGGAGCAGUGCCAGCAGACAGGCAUGGCAGCCCUGGUUCAGACUUUACAGCUGGCUACUCCACAGCAGCCCUUUGCAACUAUCAUCCAGGGAAUUGAUGAACCCUUCCUGUGCUUUGCAGGGAGGUUAACUGCUGUGGUUGAGAAGCAGGUGAGUGAUCCGGCAGCAAGGAAGCUCAUGAUUCAGUCCCUUGCUCAGGGCAACUGUAAUGCUGCUUGCAAGAGGAUAAUUGAGAUGCUUCCCGGGGAACCAUCCAUGUUGGACAUGGUUGGGGCCUGUGCAAAGGUAUCCCCUUCCAGCCAACAGGUGGUUGCCGUGCCUACAGCUGUGCAGCCAGCUGUGGCUACGAUUGUCCAACCGACGGUGACUACGGCGGUCCAGCCGGCCGUGCCUGCGGCUGUGCAACCGGCUGUGGCUGCUGCUGUGCAGCCUGCUUGGGUCGUUCCCCAGGGGGUGCAACAGCAGCAGUGGGGUGCUCGGACCAGGAAGAAACAGAGCAGAAAAGCACAGAAGCCUACGGCUGUCUUGUUUUAUUGUGCACGAUGUGGAAGGCCGAAUCACGCUGCAAAUGCGUGUAAGGUAACAAUGCAUGUGAAUGGUCAGCCGUUGGGCAGUUCGGGAAACGCGACGCAGAGUGCGAAGGCGAGACGCGUGCCGACACAAAUGUCUCUGCCUUAGCCCCAGCCAAUGGAGAUCUGCUCAGCAGGCUUGCAGCCAGCACCCGCGGUUCAGCAGGUGUUGAUGUCUGCACAGCCGAGUCUGUCGUGAUUGAUUCGGACAAAAUAUACAAGGUUCCCCUGGAUGCCUUUGGUCCCUUGGGUGAUGGCAUGAGUGCUUUCCUGAUGGGGAGAUCUAAUGCCACCAUUCAGGGUAUCAUGGUGCACCUGGGACUGAUUGAUGCAGAUUUUUUGGGACAGAUUCAUGCAAUGGUCUCCACACCCACCCGCCCUCUGACUAUCCCAAAAGGCACAUGAAUUGCUCAACUUGUUCCUUUUAAGUCUUCUGUUUCCAGGACCGAGGACCAGUCGCGAGGAGACGGUGGCUUCGGCUCUACAGGGCCACCUCAGGUGCACUGGACUGCUGUCCUGACCAAAGACUGUCCUGAGACGCUGUGUACCGUGUCCGUGGUUGGUGCCACGCCAUCGGAGAUUCACCUUCAUGGUCUCCUAGAUACCAAGGCUGACGCUUCGGAUGGUGAGCAACAGCCUCGAGCGAAGGUACGGGUCUGAAAUUUAGUCACCAAGCAAUGGGAAGGACCCUAUGACCUCAUCGCUAUGGGGCGAGGAUAUGCGUGUGUGUCCAUGGACACUGGGACACACUGGCAACCUUCAAAGUGUGUCCGUCCUGACCUGCGACCACAGAGGCAGAAUUCAUCUGACAGGCAAGGUGGAAGUCGUGAUCAACUUGAAAGCCACCAAGUGGAUGAAUACUCGAGUGAUCACUCUGAUGAUUCCUCCACAGACAGUGAUUGAACUUGUAUAUAUUCCCUUUGUAAAUUUGUUCAUUUUUCUUUUUCUGUUUUUUCUUUUUUUAAAGUUAAAAGGGUGAGAUGUUACCCUGGUUUUUCUGAGUUUCUUUAUUAGCCUUUUGAUUUCCAUAAAUGGAGUCAGAUCUUUUAGUUACUGUAGAAUAUUAGAGCAGUUUUUUACCUUUCCCACAGAAGUAAUAUAAACAAAUCCUUUGUUUUUCAUUCUCUGUCCUUUGUUUGCAUAUUUCUAACCUGAAAACAAUUGUAACUGACAAUUCAUCUGGCCACUGAGGCUGAGGGGUGGAAACCCCAAAAAGCCAAUCUUCUGCUAGACCCACAAAUGUAUAAAAAGUAAAAGAAUAAACAAAGGGGUCUCUUCCUCUCUCGGUUUUCAGCUGUGAGCUGGGAUCGGAAGGACCUCUGCCUUGCGAAAUCUC